UGCUUAAAUAUGGUUUCUUAGGUACCCAAAGCAAAGAGUAUUAAUUAAUAUUCCUGUCUUUAUCACUCCCACUUGAUUUGAGUUAUUCAAUGUUUUAUAUAUUAUCUAUAUGUAUUCUUCAAUCAAACAUGUUCUACUGAUUUUAUUCAUUUGAAUAAACUUAAAUCUCUUCUUUCUUUAGGGAUAAUCUCAAAUCAUGAAAUUUGGUUGAACAAACUUUUCAAGUAACCAUCUGAUCAAUCCAAUAAUGAUUGUUUAUUUGCUUUAAGGAGGAAACUUCUGCCUUAGUUUUAUGGUUCUAAAAUUAGGGAAGUUUUAAUAUUUUUGUGAGAAUUAAUUUCUUAGUGGAACAGAACUAAGCAUCCUCAUCCUUCAUCAAUGGAGGAUUUUGUGUUGCCAAGGCUGUACAACUGUUACAAGUGCCAGAACCCAGUAUCUCGUCAUGAUGAUAUAGUUUCUAAAGAUUUUCAGGCAACGCAUGGGAGAGCCUUUCUGUUUUCUCAUGCGAUGAACAUAGUUCUGGGGCCCAAACAGGACAGGCAGCUUAUGACUGGUCUUCACACAGUAGCUGAUGUUUACUGCAAAGAUUGUGGAGAAGUUUUGGGAUGGAAAUAUGAGAAGGCCUAUGAGCAAUCUCAGAAGUACAAAGAAGGCAAAUUCAUUCUUGAAAAAUUCAAGAUUGUAAAGAAUAAUUAGUAGCACAAUUUGCACAGCUUGUGUUCAAACUUCCCCAUUAAUUUGUAAACCAUUUAUUGGAAGUAUGGGAUUUCAUUAUUUUCAUUACAUUAAUCUCAAAUGUAGAAGCUGAUUUUCUUUUCUUUC